GGGCGUGGUCCUGACCGAGCACAUAUAAGCACCCGCCUCGCCUCCUCCAGACAGUCUACUCCAGGAACCACAAGUGAACACUACAUCAUGAAGGCCCUGGUGCUGCUGCUGUGUCUGCCAUGUGUAAGCUGGUGUAAGCCCACCACAGUGGUCAGCUUCAGCCCAGUGGGAUAUUCUCCGGGCGUCGCCCCAGGGUUUGCCUACGCCUUCCGUGCCCCUGCCCCUCUGUACUCCCGCUCCGGCGGAGCCUCAGGCCGUUCACUCUCGUCUGGAGCCUUAUCCAACCACGUCGACCCCCUCGCCUACGUGCCCACAGUACUCAAGACGCAGUACCACAGCCAGGAUGAGCUCGGUCAGUACGCCUUUGGGUAUGUGGGAGACGCGUCAACCGCUCACGAGGUCCGUACUUUGGAUGGCGCCGUGCGAGGCUCUUAUACCUACGUGGAUAGCAACGGGAAGCUGCAAACUGCCAGCUAUGUGGCAGAUCGCAAUGGCUUCCGUGUUAAAGCUUCCAACCUUCCACAAGCACCGCUUGCUGCUGCUCCUGUCAUAGUCUCACUGCCUGAGCCCGUUAAACCGACCCCUGAGGUGGUAGCUGCCACUGCUGCUCACUUACGGGCUGUUGCGGAAGUCAAGGCGUCCCGAAUCAAGCGAGCAUCCAUCAGUCACCUCCUUUCUUCUGACAAACUGGCACCUGGGAAUCGCACCAAUCACGUCAAGGAAGCAUCCACCCCAUUCCCUGUGCUCAAUAAAGCCACAGUACCUCCUAGUACCGUGCACUCCGAUCAUACGAAGGCUAAUCAAGAAGACCUGGUGUCUGUUACUCAAGUGUCACUUCCCUCAUCACCUGCCUCUCCAGUAGAUGGUGCCCCCCGUGCUCUCCCACAGUUCGACUCCCAAGAUGAACUGGCCGGAGUCUCAAGACAACACAUGGUUCACAUCCCCGGUGGCAUCACCCGUGGUUCUUACUCCUACAUUGACACCAACGGCGAGAUGCAGACGGUGUUGUACAUGGCUGACGAUGAGCACGGCUUCAGAGUACUGGAGAGCAACUUCCUGGAAGAUCCCUCUGAUACUAACUAGUAGACGGCGGAUGUCCUGGGUUUGAGCCGACCCUAGCCAAACUCCACAAUUAUUCAAUAUUACGGGUGCCUUUAAGUCAUUCUGGCGAACUCUAGAGUUUUCCCAGGAUAGCCCUUGAGCCGCUCUGAGAGAGCCCUGAAACACCCUUGAAGAUAGUUCUAGAGUUGCCCCAGGGAGAGCCCUUGGCCACCUCCCCGGAAGAGCCCCAGGAGAGCCCUUGAGCAGCCCCAGCGUUACCUCAGGUGGCCCUGGACAAGUCUAGUGGUGAGAGCGGCCGCCAUGGUCACCAACCAGGCUCGCGGCAGGUGCUGGAUGUAGUCAUUAUUCUUAUUUAUUCUAAUAUAAGUGGCGUGCGAGGCUACAGAUGUGACAGUGUAAAGGUGAAGGAAAAAUGUAUAUCACAGUUGUUUGAAGGUGUAAGAACACAUGGUUGAUCUUCCUACAAUAUAAAACAAAAGAAGUACAGUUUUCUCUAGUCUAGCCUCACCGAGACUGAAGCUCGCACGUCAAAUGUUUCUGUGGCUUUUAAGUUUUGUCUAUAACGCAAAUUAUAUUUUUCGCACCGCAAUUUUCAAUAAAUGUUAAGUAAAGUUA